UUAGCAGAGAUUUUGCUUCAUUCCUCUUCCCUCCCACAUACUUCUAAAAAUUGAACCAAACACAUUUCAUUUAAAUUAUUAUCUCACCUAACUUUUCUCAACAACUCACUCUCAACAACUUCUCUCUGCCGAAAACAAACUCUCCUUCUCCCCCCUCAACAACUCUCAUUCUUUUCUCCACACCUUUCUCUCUCGCAAAUCCAAACAAACCCUAACAUUCUUUCACCUACAUUUUCAUGGAUUCUUCAAGAUUCAGACAUAAUCAUGAAUAUGUAUCUUCGGAUGAAGAAUCUGGUGCGUCGGAACAAAUCUUCAUCCUCUGAAAGAUAAAGCAAGACCGACGAAGAUUUAUUACAAGACCGACAGUCUUGUUUUAUCUCAGAGGAUGAAGAUUUGUAGGAGGCGGAGGUUGAUUUUACUUUUUCAUUUGAAGUUCCGUCGCUCAUUGACUCCAACCAUACAUAUUUCAUCCUCCAAGUUUACCAUUGGUUCGGACCAAAGUUGCAGCCAUGUAUUGCAGGGUCGGUACUUAGGUCGACGGUCAUGUAAGAUCAAGCCCACACAGAUUAUAUCUUGCAAAGAAGCAGACACACUCAAAGAUGGAUUCAAUACCAGCACCGCCAAGCAAAGUUCUACCUCUGCACAGGCUGCACAGGCAUUCAAAUUAGGAUGGGGCUGAGGCACUUCUAGCAUCACAAAAGCAGAAUAUGUCUCGAGAUAUAGAGACGCACGCAAUAAAAAGGAAUGUACAUCAACUGCGCAUUGUUUUGAGGCAUUAUAAACUUGAAUGUGAAGGACUUGAGACCUUGUGCAUAAAAGAUCAGAUACUUUCGAGCGAAUCAUCAAUCAUGGAUUUGGCAUAUUGCAGUCUAGCCAAAGUGAGCCACAAAACAUGCGAAGGUCUCAAAAGGAUAUCGUAGCAGAAAAUGAAUUCGAAGCGAGCCUUUUGGCUAAUGUUAUUCCACCAAGCGAGACUGGUGUUACUUUUGACGAUAUUGGAGCUCUUGAAGCUGUGAAGGAUACGCUGAAAGAGUUGAUAAUGCUUCCUUUGAAGAUGCCUGAGCUUUUUCGCAAAGGGAAAUUAACCAAGCCAUGCCAGGGUAUACUAUUGUUUGGCCCCCCUGGAACAGGCAAAACGAAGCUUGCGAAGGCUAUUGCGACUGAAGCUGGUGCAACCUUCAUCAACAUUUCUAAUUCGAGCAUUACGUCUAAGGUGCCUGGUGAAAGUGAGAAGUACGUGAAAGCUGUUUUCUCUCUGGCGAGUAAAGCUUCACCUUGUAUCAUAUUUAUCGAUGAAGUUGACAGCAUGCUAGGUCAAAAAGAAAAGCCAAGGGAGCAUGAGACCACGCGGAUAAUGAGGAAUGAGUUUAUGGUGAAUUAGGAUGGUUUUCUUACAAAGGAUACUGAACGGGUUCUAGUGCUGGCUGCAACCAAUAAGCCUUUCGACUUGGAUGAGGCUGUCAUUUGGAUGCUGCCACGAAAGAUUGAUGAUAAAUUUGCCAGAUGCUCGAAGUAGAGCAUCAUAAGAGGUUUCACUGAAAAUAGAAGUCUGAACUCUUUCGGCGUGAGCAUCAUAAGAGGUUCCACUGAAAAUAGAAGUCUGAACUCUUUCGGCGUGAACCAACAUCUCCAUAUCGUUCAUUUCACUUCACAAUCAAAUUUACUGAUUCAGAAGUACGCACCUGGUUCAAUCAAUAUAUGAACACAAUUAUUAUAUAAAUUAUUAAAUAUCAAAAUCUGGAUUACAGAAGCAUGAAAUAAGGGAGGUUUUGUUAUGUAGGGUGUGUUUGAUUCAUGCAUACAAAAUAUAUUCCUAGGAUUAGUUUUCCAUGGAAUAUCAAUAUGGGUACCUUUUUCCAAGGAAAAUGUAAGAAAAGUGUUUGAAUGGUAUAUUAAAUUCCUCGGAAUGAAUUUUCAAAAUUCCCGGGAAUAACUAAAAUGUGUUUGGCUUAUAAAAAUUGAUUCCUAGGAAUAAUUGUUUAAAUA